AUGACCUCGACUCCUUCCGGUACCGGGACACCCCCUCCAACGGCACAAGGAGGUCAGGCGAAAGCUGAAAAACCGACUUUAAGCGGCACGCGUAUCAAACAAAGAAAAGGUGUCGUCAAGAGUCAGGCCAAAUUUGAGCCCGAAGGUGAGUUUGGCACGAGGGCGAAGUGCUCGAGGAAGUCUGUGCAAAAACAAAAGCACGGCGACGACAACUCCUCCCUGGCGGUCCGAGUACGUCAAUUCGCAAUUUGUAUCGCAGAGCGCGCCCAACGCCUAGAACGAGAACGCGCUUCUCCACCCUCCUUUCGGCCUGAUUCAUUCCAGACUCGGCGUUGACUUUGACUCUGACUUUCUUCCCACCCUCCAAAGCAUUCCGCGACGCCCUUUACAAGUACUUUGAUGGUGUCGCCGCUACCGACGAUUGGGAUGGCUAUGCUGCUGCCCUAGACAAGGCGGGCAACACCCUCGACUAUCGCAAGUGAGUGGCUCUGAUGCGUGCCUCGACCUCAACGCGGUGCAAAGCUCUGAUAUGUCUGCUGUUCAAUUCCUCACUAUUACAGGUAUAGCGAUCAGUUGUUCGAGAUCUUGAUUGCGUGAGUAGGCGCUGUGCGAGCCUUUCGGCAGCUGCUGGAGGCCGAUACUGUGGCGCAGCUUUCGCUGACGUUGCAUGUGUGCAUCUUCACCCCACAGUGGUAACCUGCUCGCUCCUGGCGGUAGCCCUCUUGACGAUGCGCCAAGCAGCCCUUUCAGCGUCUUCGCUGCGAAGAGUGGAUCGCCAGCUGAUGUGAAGCCCAUCAUCACCACGCUUGACAAGGUCAUUCGUAGGUACAAAUUUUUGCAGAAGCCCUUGGACGAGCACUCGAUCAAGUAUUUGCUUCAGUACAUUGGUCGCUUCGAUGCUGGUCAGCGCGAACGUUUGGCUACGGCCACUGCCUUCCUCAUUCAGAUGAGCUUAGUGUCGGCCAGCUGCCUUCUGGUGUUGCAGAAGGACAACUUGACCAAAGAUGAAGUAGCUUUGAAUUUCAUCAUGAAUGUCUUCAAGGCUUACUUGGCAGAAGGCAGCAUCGAUACUCUCAGUACCAGCCUGCGCAAGGGGCGGGUCACCGACGUCCUGCCUUUCUUUCCUCAGACGAAGCGCUCUCAGGCCAAUAUCGUCACUAGCACCUUCAGCUCUGCUGGUCUCACUGGUGUUGCUAACUUCUAUGCCAAGCUGGCAGCCCGAGACGCUCGUGAGGCGGUCAUCCGUCGCCUACACGAGCUGCGCGAGAAUUUGGACGUUGUGCAAGAGCCUGUCGACGGUGCUGCCGAGGAGUCCAAUCCUCGUGUGGAUGAGAUCGUCGACUACUUGAACGAGAGCGGUCUUCCUGCCGAGGAACGUAUCGCCACGGCGUGGGAAGGUCUUAUGAAAGAUCAAGACCCCAACUUUGUCAAGGUGAGUCGAGUGACCUUCAUCAGCUUCGUUGGUAUUUUUGCUCAAUCGGGCCGUUUCGUCCUCCUCGCCUUCAGCACGUCACACCAGUCUUUGCUGCUAUCGUCAAGGGCCCUCGCAACGAACUCGCCUUGAUUAAUGCAGCUCAGACUCAUGUCAGUGCGCUGGGUGACCAGGCCAGCAUGAAGACCUUCCCUGGCUUCUUGAAGGUACGUCAAAUCUUCACGCGCAUUUUGCAUCGUCGUCAGAGCAUUGGCUUCGGCACCGCUGACCAGCACCUCUCAUUCCAAUUUUCACCAUCAGCUAUGGUACAACGAAGACGUCGUGAGCGACUCGGCAAGUGAGUCUUGUUCUCAGAGAAUCAAUCGCCCAGCUACUGUGAAGAGACUCAUCGCUUAGCUAUCCUUGCCUGCCACAGUCAUCUUCUGGCACACCAAAGGCCACAAAACAACCCAAGGCUAUCAAGCCGUGCUGCAAGUCGCUGCGCCUCUGGUCAAGGUGGGUACAACCCAUCGUCGAGAAAAUGUUUGCGCGUCUUUUGCUGAUGCUUCCAAUGCGUGUCCGCCCUUGCUUUCUGUAGUAUCUCCAAGAACAGGAGGAGGAGGAUGGCUAG